UGGGAAAGAGGAUUUUGUGGAGUACGAUGAGUAUGAUGAGGAUGGGGAGCGGCCAUUCGGGGGGGAUGUUGUGGUGCAUGCGGUGAAGGAGGGCGGGGAGAAUAUCUUGGUGUAUAACGCGUCCGUACCAGCACCUUGAAAGGUUGAAAAUGACGUCCUUCGCCUCUUCUUUGCAUAGUUUAUCACUCCUAGCUAUGCUGAGAGCUGUAGCUGUGCAUCUUCAACGCUCUUUCAAGUGCAGCAUGCCGCGGCCCUCGAAACAGCUCCGGCCGGCAAGCAUCCGCGCGCCCUCUUCUCCUGACAGUCUUCCCUUCAAGCCGAAUACGCACACGCUAGACUGCAUGAAGAAGUUCAAGUGUUUCUUCUGCGGAGCUCAAAUAUCUCGGAGUUUUACUCCAUCCCUCUGUCAUCGCACAGCUUGAGACGAAUAAAUAUAUACCUAUUCCAAUU